GGAGGGCACAAGCAACACACUCUGGUAUUCUUGCCUGGAGAAUCCCAUGAGGAGAGGAGUCUGGCGGGCUACAGGUCACAGGGUGGCAAAGAGUUGGACACGACUGAAGAGACUUAGCACCCACACACAUGAAGGAGGCCACCACGGAGCUGCACACCCAGGAGGAGAAUGCAGAGCUCUUGAAGAGCUGUCAGAAGGGCGAGGUAACCCCAGAAGGCUAUAAGCUGGUGAUAGCGUCUCUGCAUCACGUCUCCUUGGCCCUGGAGGAGGAGAUGGAACACAACCAGGAAAACCUGGCCUACGCCCCGCCUCAGCUCCCCGGAAAGCUGCACCGCAGGGCCGCCCUGGAACAGGACGUGGCCUUCAAGUACGGGCCCGGGCAAGAGGGCAUCCCUUAUGCGCAGGCCACCUCUCACUCAGUGCCAAGACUCCAAGAGCUCAAGCUGCUGGUGGCCCACGCCUACACCCGCUACCUGGGCGACCCGUCCGAGUGCCACGUCCUCAAAAAGAUCGCUCAGAAGGCCCUGGGCCUGCCCAGCUCUGGGGGCCUGGCCUUCUUCACUUUCCCCAACAUCACCAGCGCCACCGAGUUCAAGCAGCUAUUGUACGGCUCCCGCAUGAACACUCUCUAGGGGACCCCCGAGGUGGGGCAGUGGGUCCUGCACGAGGCCAAGACCGCCUUCCUACACAACAUGCAGCUGUUUAAGGGGUUGCAAGGGCUGCUGACCCACAACGCCAAGGACUAGGACCAUAUGCAGACACCAGAGCUUCGCAGGCGAACAGGCAGCAAGGCUCAAGACUCCACUCCCACCACGGCGACCAGGAGGAAGCCCCAGCCCAGGGGCAUCUCCCAGGCACCGCUUGUAAGAUGGGUCCUCGCAGUCAGCUUUCUGGUGACCACGGUCAACUUGAGGCUUUAUGCCAUGUGAAUACAAGUGUGCUGGCUCCUGAAGGCCAUGAACUCUUUCUGGGGAGGGGCUCAGCUAACUUUCUCACCGUGGGCAUGGGGCUGGGGCGGGGCAGCUGUUGGGGCCCCUGAUGUCUCCCUGUGUCGCUCUCUCUGGAAGGAGCCUGCGACAUCUCCCCCAACAAAAGCACUCCAGUCAGUGACCUGAACUUCAGAAUGGGAGGAGGGGUCCUGCCCAGCCCCUCAGCAGCCUCCUCUUCCUGUUCCUGCAGCAGAGCCCAGAAGAUGUAGCCAGAAGGGACAGCUGUCCUGAACCUCUGAAUGGCCUAGGUCUGAGGUCUCCUUUUGACCCCUUGCCCUGUGGACCAUGGCAGUUUCUGUAUAACUGUUCAAAGAUGUUGUGUCUUGUGUUUCCGUCUUGUUUUUGUUGGAGCUACUUUUUGUUCCCAUCUCAGAUUGAACUGUGGUAUUUUGUUGUGUUCUAUUAUGUUUUUAUAGCAGGGUUGGGAUGGAAUGUGAGGGCUGGGGAGGGAGAUGUUUAACAGGACCAUGGCCUUGGUUGCUAACGUUUAUGCCAAAUAAUAAGCUACAUGACCUGAUUGAAAAAAAUAGGCAAAGUAUAGGUAUAUACUUUCCAAAGAAGAUAAAAGGACAGCCAAUAAGCAAAUGAAAAGAUGUUCAAUAUCAUCAGGAAAGAGCAAAUCAAAACCGUAAUGAGAUAUCACUUCACACCCCUGGAAUGGCUAUAAUAAAAAAAAAACCUAUAUUAACAAGUAUUAUCAUGUGGAAAAACUGGAACCCGAGUAGUAGCUGCUAUAAGAUAAAGUAGUGCACCACUUUGGAAAACCAUUUGACAGAGGUUUUAACAUUAAGUUACCAUAUGACCCAGCAAUUCCAUGUCUACGUAUAUACCCAAAAUAAAUGAAAACAUAUUUUACACAAAAACCUGUAAGUGAAUAUA